AAACUCGCGUGUGACCGUUUGGACUAACCGCCUCGACGACAACAAUGAAAACCAAACACACACAACAAACUCCUGUGUAAAGUGCGCCGAUCGAAUUGUGACAGCGCCACCUGGCGAUAAUCGACGUCACCGACGAGAGCGCGCCCCAGUGAGCAAAAAAAGAAAUCGGGGAAAAAAAAUACCAAAACCCGCGAAGGACAGGCAGCGCCGCCUAGCGGCGACCGCACCUCGCGAUCGCGGGACGGACAUGCGACGAGACCCCCCGCUGCAUCGCCGGCGCCACCUACGCUGACGUCGCCGUCGCCAUGGCGCACAACGCAAACUCGUCGUCGUUGCCGCGGCGAUGCGACAGCCCGCCGCGGACAGGGCUUGCGAGCGGCGGCAGCAUCACGCCCGUGUCGACGGACACGCCGCGUAAAGGCAAGUACAUCCUCGCUCGCGUCGUCAUGCUCGACGACACGGAGGGCCUGUUCAAGGUGCCGCAGAAGGCUCUGGGGAAGGUGCUCUACCAGCAGGUGUGCAAGAACCUGAACUUGUUGGAGAGCGACUAUUUCGGGCUGGAGUUCACGGAUUUGCUCGGGAACCGCUGCUGGCUGGACCUCGACAAGGCCUUCUGGAAACAGGUGUGCGGACUCCCCACGCUUCGCUUCAACUUUGCCGUCAAGUUCUACACGCCGGACCCGGGCCAGCUGGAGGAGGAGUACACGCGCUACCUGUUCGCGCUGCAGAUAAAGCGCGACCUGGUGACGGGCGCAAUGCCGUGCAACGACGCCACCGCCGCCCUCCUCGCGUCCUACGUCGUGCAGGCCGAGUGCGGGGACUUCACGAGCGAGGACUACCCGGAUCAUUCCUACCUCUCGCACUACAAGUUCGUUCCGCAUCAGUGCGACGAUCUCGAGCGACAGAUCAUGGACAAUCACCGCCGGCACGUCGGGCUGUCGCCGGCGGACGCUGACUACAUGCUCCUGGACAUCGCGCGCAAGGUCGAGUUGUACGGCGUGAAGGUUCACUCCGCGCGCGACCACGAGGGGGUUCCGCUGAACCUCGCCGUCGCUCACCUCGGGUUGCACGUGUUCCAGCAGUUCACGAAGAUCAACACGUUCUCGUGGGCGAAGGUACGCAAGCUGAGCUUCAAGCGGCGGCGCUUCCUCGUCAAGCUGCACCCGGAGGGACACGGCUACUACAAGGACACGGUCGAGUUCUACUUCGACGACCGCGACCGCUGUAAGAACUUCUGGAAGAAGUGCGUCGAGCACCACGCGUUCUUCCGCUGCGCAACGGUCGCGCGCAUCCCGCGGCGACGGAAGACGCUGCUCAGCAAGGGAUCGCAGUUCCGCUACAGCGGUCGCACGAUGAAGGAGAUGGUGGACGACGUGCGGGACGGCUACGUGAAGCGCGCGCCGUUCGCGCGCACUCUCAGCGGACGCACGUCUCGAAGUCUCGGACAUCUCGGCGGCGGCGGCGGGCCCGCGCCGCGGAUCAACGCCGCGCUCAUCCAGACGAGCGGGGCGUCGCACCACCUGGUGGCGGCGGCGGGAAGCGACGUGACGACGCCGCGGAGCGAGCGCGGCGGGGACUUUGCGAGCGCGAGCAGUAGGGAGGUGACCCCGGCGCUGACCCCGUCCACCCCGCCGCCGCGCAUCGAGAUGCUGCCGCCGCAGAGACUGCCUGAGGCGCGCGGCCUGUCCCCGAGCCCACCGCCACCGCGCCGCGAGAGCGCGUCCAGCCCAGAGGUGGCGCCACCGGGCACCGUGACGGCCGACGUCGAGGAGGGGGCGCCGCCGUCGCCGGACGAGUCGCCGCGGAAACAGCCGAACGUGCCUUCGCGACCGGAGAUUCCAUACAUCCCGCCCCCGGAUGUGCCGCCGCCGCCGCCGUCCGAGCCGGAAUUCGAGCAGCAGCAGCAGCAGUGGCGUCAGCAGCUGCAGCAGCAACAGCAGCAACUCUACCAACAGCAGCAGCAACAACAACAGCAGCAGCAGAAUCGGCAGGAGGCGGAGAACGAAGUGCAGGACGAAAAGAACGAGGAGGACGAGGAGCAGGAGGAGGUCAAGCAGAAAGAACCGAGCAGCAAGGAGGAGGAGAUCCACGCACUGAAGGAGAACGACAACGCCCACAACGCCCACAACGGGGCGCCACCUACCGCGUCGUCGCCCUCUCCGCUGCACGUGAUCCCGCACGAGCCCCCGGCCGUGCCCCUCAAGCGCAAGGCCUACCCGCACGACCGCUCCUACUACAUGUGCAAGGAGCUGCUAUCGACCGAGCGGACGUACCGCACCGACCUCGAGGUCAUCACCGUCGCUCUCCGCCGCGAGAUGGCGCCACUAGACGACGCGGCGGCGCUCGGCACCAUCGUCUCGCUCGUCGAACCGAUCCACCGCGUCCACUGCGCCGUCAUGAAGGAACUCGAGGCGCGCCUCGCCGCGUGGGAGACGCGUCCGGCAGGGGGCGCCGCCGCGGUGUGCAACCGCGUCGGCGACGUCUUCCUCACCCGGCUCGACCUCGACGCGUACGCCACCUACCUGGACGCUCUCGCGCCCGCGCUGUCUGCGCUCGACGCCGCGUGCCGCGCCGGUGGCGCCCUCGCGCGGUUCCGGCGCGCGUUCGAGACGCGCCGCGACUGCUACCUCCCGCUGAACCUGCUCGCGGUGAAACCGGCGCAGCGGCUGCUGCACUACCGCCGCGUGCUGGAGACGAUGCUGCACUACUACGGCGCGUCGCACGCGGACGCCGCCGACCUCCGCGCGGCUCUCGCCGGCGUCACGGCGACGCUCGACGCUCGCGCGGACGCGCGCCGAGCCUGCGACAAUCUCGUCAAGCUGAUCGAGGUUCAGCGUGACCUCGGCGGCGUGGACGGGGUCGUGGACGCGCGGCGCGCGUUCGUGCGCGAGGGGUGCAUGCAGAAGUUCUCGAAGCGCGGGUACCAGCAGCGGAUGUUCUUCCUGUUCUCGGACGCGCUGGUGUACGCGAACCGCACCUCGCAGCCCUACCUGCAGUUCAAGGUUCACGGGCAGCUGGCGGUGCGCGGCAUGGUCGUCGAGGAGACGCCGGAGUCGCGCGUUGCCGUGCCGCACUGCUUCGCGCUCUACAACGGCAGCCGGGCGAUCAACGUCGCCGCGAGCAGCGAGGAGGAGAAGUACCGCUGGGUGGAGGACAUCAACCGCGCGAUCGCUGCGGCGGGGCGGGACGACGACGCCGCCGCGCGUCCCCCCGCGCUGCGUCUCCGUGACGACGCAGACGACGGACGCGGGGGCGCGGGCGACGACGACACGCCGGAGGCUCGCGAGCGCAGCUUCCAGCAGCGCGGCAACACGUCGACGCACGUCUGCUGGCACCGCAACGCGAGCGUCGGUGCGCGCGAUUACCGCCGCGCCGCCGCCGCGCAGCUCAGCGGAUACCUCCUCCGCAAGUUCAAGAACUCGGACGGCUGGCAGAAGCUGUGGGUCGUCUUCGCGAACUUCUGCCUCUUCUUCUACAAGACGUUCAACGACGACGCGCCGCUCGCGAGCCUCCCGGUGCUCGGCUACGCGGCGUCGACGCCCGAGCCGUGCGACGCCAUCCAGAAGGACCUCGUCUUCAAGCUGCAGUUCAAGAACCACGUCUACUUCUUCCGCGCGGAGAGCGAGUACCUCUUCGGCCGCUGGAUGGAGGUGGUGGGCAGCGCGACGCAGGCCGCGACGCCGCACGACCGGGCGUACGGAGGAGGGGGCGGAGGGGGAGGCGGAGGAGGUCUCGACUCGUAUUUCGACUCCGACUACUGAGCGAGGCAGCGAGUGUUUCCUUCCAUAGCCGCGAUGCAGCAUGGUCGUCUAUUGUCGCGGACAUCGGGCGACGCGAUGGUGUCGCAGCAUGUUGCAGCGCGCACGUGCGUGGUCCUGCCGAUGCCGCGCGUCCUUCCAUAACCGCGAUGAGGCGGCGUGGUGUCCGUAGCCGUGUGCGCGCACGCAGCGCGGUGGUGUCGUGUCAUGUCGUAAUGACGCGCAGCGACCGCCAGGUGGCAUCGGAGUCGUGUCGCGUGCGCGCUUGACCACCAGGUGGCGCUGUGCUCGUCCGGCGCACCCGAAUCGCGGGCGGACCAGACCGAAAGCCGCGAUGUGUUUCCCGCGCGUGUUCAUUCUGUAAGUGCUUCCAUAGUCUGACAACGCGCGUGUGUAAGGAAGCGCGCUGCCCGCGGCAACCGUUGCCGGGCGGAGCAGUCGACAAGCAGACGCGCGACUGCUGCUAGUGGCGCAACCUGCAGAGACAGUGAGUGUGAAUCCACCGCCUCGCACGCAUGAUUACCGACGAUGACGAUGAUGUGUGUGUUCGCGUGUCCGCAGCCGCGUGUAGGACGACCCUCUAGGUGGUGGCGGCGGGUCACGGACGAGCGUGCCUGCCUGUAAGAAAGGCAACUCUAAAGUCCCAGUCCCAACGCCCGGUGUUGGUCCAGUGUUGGUCUCAACACUGGACUGGGACCACCCAGUGUUGGGUGGUCUGGCCCAACCGAGGUUGGUUGGACCUGGGUGGUGGCCCCACCUGGGUGGUUGGACUGGCCCCAGCCAGUGUUGGCCCCAGUGCCCAAGCCUCUCCUGAGGGCAGAGGAAUUCACGGAGCCGUGCGAAAGAAUGUUCGGUUCGUCUGUGACCUCCCCGCCCCUUCUUUUGCCGGGAGACGCAGUCGUUUGUCAGUGAGAAGGAACGAUGCGUUCGUGUGCGACCGUUCUCUCUCCCACGGAGAGACCAAUCGUGACAGUGCAACGAAAUGUUCUGUUGAUCCGCAACCCCCUCCCUCCUUCUGCUGCGAAAUAAAUCGUGUGGCCGUGGAAAGGAAUGUGUCUUCCGUCACGUGUGACUGCCCGCCCUUCUCCCGCGGAGAGACACGAAUUGUGACCGUGGAAAGGAAGGUUCCCAUCACGUGUGGCGCGACCUCUCUCCUUCUGCUGGAAUACAAAGCGAAACUCGCGCAAAGGAAUGUUGUGUGAUCCGUGGCUAUGCUUGGUCAGACAAAAUCUGUCAGCCCAUCAGGUCCUGCAGGUGGAAAUGCGAAACUAACCCUUUCUUCCCCCUCCCUGCCAUCACCCCAAUUUGAUUCAACGUCACCCCUGUCAUAUCUGUAGAAGGCAUUGAGUACAUUCCAGGAGAUAGGACUAAGGCUGAUUAAUGUAGUUGAUGCUACUAGGGUCAGCACGAUCUGUCUCUGUAGUUCGUUACGAUUGCGGUGCCUCCAACGUCUUCAUUUUUACCUUGGUCCUAUUUCUGCGUGAAGUCAAUGUCCGGAAUUCCAGGUGGUUUUUCGGACUUUUUAAACCCGUUCGUAUUCCGGUAAGCAUGCAAUGCAACAAACCUCUACUCUGUUCGUGUCACCAUGCCUGCCAACCUUAUCGAUGACUCAAUCUGACAUUGGUUGGCACAUUUAGCCGCGAGAAAUGGACAACUGUGCGACAUAAUUCUCGCGUUUGGUUCGGCGAGGGUCCGUGUGAGUCCCACCACCCGCGUGAAAGUUGGAGGUAGACGCUGUCAGGCGAUGCAUGCUGUAAUUUUCGCGAGAUGUGAGAUCGGGAGUAUUGCUGGUCACGCGCGUUGACCGGGAGUGAUAGGUACACGGCCUGUGCACUGCCUGCCUCUCUGCUCUCACGUUGCCCUAUGCACUACCCCUACACUGAACCCGCUACCACACGCUGCACUACCACCACCCACGUUAUUCUCAGGGUCGUUGUCUGGCAAGGUGCACACCAUGCUACCAACGCAGAGUAUUUUUUACUGAUCGUACUUAGGAGCGCCGAAACGCGUUUUCUACUCGGAUCUCAUGACGUGGCUCCACCUGGCGGACCCCGAGAGAGCGUUGCCACGGCGACCGUCGGCGGGCGUCCGGAACACGAUGCGAGAUUCUCCCGCGCGGUUUUAGACGUUCCCCAAUGCAUUUACUUUCCACGGAAUCGGGAGAGGAGAGCAGCGAGGCGCGGCAUGGGGCGGCAGUCUCAUUCGUUCCUGUAUAUAUACUUAUAUCGAUAGCGGUGGCGAGUUUUGAGACGAGUUUUGGGGUUUUCACACAUCGAGCAUUUCGCGUGCGUGGUGACGUCACCGGCUGCCGUAGUUUUGUAACGUUUCCCGUGUACGUGUCGGCGGCUAGUGGCGCCACCUUUUAAAUGAUUUGACAUUCGCCGAAAACUCGAUCGACCGUUCAGAAUCGGGCGGCGGAUCGAGGUCGAAGUGAAUAAAGGUAAAAACUAAUGAUUUUAUUAACUAAUGGUUGUUUAAUUACACUCCGCAUUGCGAAUGAUGCAAGGUUACUGACGACGAUAAAUCAAUUAAGGUUAGUGUGCGUGAGCGACGGUAGAUGGCAGCACCGGCAUAUUUCCGGGGUAUCACCGACGGUAGAGCUACAUGGCGAUAAUUAGCGCAUAUAUAUCGUCUGCCUCGUGCGCCCACCGACCAUGUAUGUAUUUGUCUCACGUGUCUCCCCCCAACCCCCGCCCAUGUGACGUCAUGGCAGAGGCAGCGCCAUCUGGUGUGCAUUUUUUUACCGAAAUCACUUAUGCCCGUCGAGAAAAUGAUGUAUCUCCUGUGUCUGUAGAAAAAAACACUUGUGAAUGUCGUCCAUCCGCACGCCACGCGCGUUUCAUAGCAGCAGCACGUCUCGGCUCGCCGACGAAAGAACGAGUAGUUAGACUGACACCGCAUGUCGCCAUGUGCAUGCGGAUCUACGCCGCCAGAGGGCGCAGUUGUUGUUCGCGGAUUUCUUCGUGUUCGUGCGCGCGCGCCAAGUGCCGGUUUUCCCUCCCUUUAUUCGGGCGGUUUUUACAUUUUUGACUCGAUUUGUUAACAUUAUUCUUGUCAAAGGACCUGAGUGUUGUUUUGUGUAGCUAAUUUCGCGUGCGUGAAUACCCUGGGGGUGAAGGUUGUGAUAGUAAGAUAUACAUACAUAUAUAUAUAUGUAUGUAUGUAUGUAUGUAUGUAUAUAUAUAUAUAUAUAUCCAGCUAGGUCGACUGUCUAGUAGGGGGUCAGGUUAGUGAAGGACGAGCAAGGCAUACUGUCUAGUUUUUAAUGUUCUUUGCCAUAUCAGUACCAGUUCUCACUGCUCUCGCUUGUUCGGUAUCGCCAUCAUUUUAACUGUACAAACUCAAGUGUACGCUUUUGCGUUAUAGUUAUUUCCCUUCUAUAGCUGUCGUACGUAACGAAACGUGUCCGUCGGCGGCGUUUCGAUUCUUAUAUGCAGUUUGUGACUAGCUACAUUUUGUGUGUAGCUAUGAUUAUGAUAGCAGCAAUUUUUGUACGUGUGCGUUCUGCUUGCGGAUCGGUUUAGCAAUCGCCGACUGUGUUGUGUGUAAGCGUCAUCUGCCAUG